GAUUGCAACAGCACGGCGAGGGAGCUGAACAGAGGGUGUGUGCAUUAUACCUGGCUUUUCACUCCGCUUGCAUCGACUGCAUUCUUUCACGCAUUAAUAGGGUUGGAUCCCGUUCAUUUAUGGAAGCGAAAAGGGAUUUGCUUCUACGAAUUUCAUGAUCAUUUCGGCGUCGGUGGAUUUUCUGUGGGAAUCUGUGUGGAUUAUAGGAUGCUAAAAGUUUUGUAAGCAAAGCCCCCCAGGAUGAGUGUGACGUCAUGGUUCCUGGUCAGCAGCUCUGGCACCCGGCACCGUCUCCCUCGAGAGAUGAUCUUCGUGGGCCGGGAGGACUGUGAACUCAUGCUGCAGUCCCGCAGCGUCGACAAGCAGCAUGCGGUAAUCAACUACGACUUGGCCACAGACGAGCAUCUUGUGAAGGACCUGGGAAGUCUGAAUGGGACCUUUGUGAAUGAUUUAAGAAUUCCAGACCAGACCUACAUAACCCUAAAACUGAACGAUGUGAUACGGUUUGGAUAUGAUGCACAUGUUUAUGUGCUGGAAAGGAGUCAACACAGAGUACCUGAAGAGGCGUUAAAGCACGAGAAGUACACAAGCCAGCUUCAUAUGAACAUCAAGGCGCCAGAUGGGAAGAAAGCAGAACAGACUGAUGAAACGGAGAGCGGGGCAGAGUCCCCCAGGGCUAAACUGGAGAAGGGAGACCCCAAAGGACUGCCAGAGACUACCACAUCCCGGCCCACGCCUCUCUACGGCCAGCCAUCGUGGUGGGGAGAAGACGACGCUGGAAACAAAGUGCCGCCCACAGAAGGGACACGACCAGAGGAAAUACACUCCGAGGGCCCGAAAGAGACGGCCAGACAUGACCUAGAAAUCAAUGGGACCAUUGCAGAUUACCGGGACUCCCCGGGUAAGUCUAUCUACGCCUACCGCCGGGAGCCCAGUUACUUCGAAAUCCCCACCAAGGAGUUCCAGCAGCACCACAAGUCCCCAGAGGCAGAGGUGCAUGAGAUCCCCACCAAGGACACCGACAAUGCCCCCUCCCCUGUCCCAGCCACUACGCCCCCCGUGGUCCAGAGCCACGCCUCGUUCACCAUCGAGUUUGACAAUUGCACCCCCGGCAAGAUAAAGAUCAGGGACCACGUUACCAAGUUCUCCAUGCGCCAGCGGCAGUUUGGCAAGGACCUGGCAGCAGCCCCCACCGAGGUGAUGUCAGCGGAGAGCAAGGUGGCCGACUGGCUGGUCCACAACGAUCCCAGCUUGAUGAGGAGGAAGCCCCCCUGCGACGAUGUGUACAGCACUAAGAGCGACCUGCCCGUUUACAUCAAGACGCUUCAAGUCAACAGACACGAAGACGGGACCCAGAGCGACUCGGAGGACCCCAUCCUGUCGGAGAAACCCAAUAAGCAGACCACUCCUGAGGAGGAGCCACUUAAUUCGCCACCCGAGUCUCACUCAUCUCUCCAGAGCCAAACCAAACUGGAAACCCAGGAGUCACUCAACCAGCAGGCCUUCGUUAUAGAGUUCUUUGACAAUCCCCGCAAGAAGAGGUCGCAGUCGUUCACCCACAAUUCCGUGAACGGUGAUUCCUACUCCGCACUCAAAGCCAAGCUGGAAAAACGGAAAGUGGCCACAGCCUCGACGCAACACACAAGCGGGCCGGUGAAGAGUGCGGCAGGCCCCCAGAGGUCCAGCUCACUCAAACGAGAGAAGACAGAAGACCGUCUCAGCUCAGGCUCCUCCUUGUUCUCCUCCCGCACGCCAGUGACCGUGAAGCCCUUUGGCAGCGUGGGGAAGAAAUCCAAGCUGGCCCAGGACUUUGCGGCAGAGUUAUUGAAAGCUCAAAGUGUCACCACUCUGGCUGUCGCUACCCCCGCCUCUGAAAAACCAAUCCCUCAGCCAGUGUCUGCUCCCCCAGUGAUGGAGUCUGCUCCUCCCCAACUUCCAACUCCCCCUCCCGCUCAGCCUGUCUCCCCGUUUUUGACGGUUGCACCCCUGGCUGCACCUCUUGCGUUUCCCCUUGCAGUUCGGUCCCUGGACAUGAAACCAGGAAAACUGGGCCGGAAUGAGGAGGACGACAGCCUGAGUGAUGCAGGGACCUACACCAUCGAGACGGAAACACAGGACAAAGAGGUGGAGGAAGCUCGGAACAUGAUCGACCAGGUGUUUGGUGUUCUUGAGUCCCCUGAGUACACUGGAGUAUAUAGGCCCGUGAUUAAUGAUGACAGGGAAGAACAUAAUAGCUGUCGUCAUAGCAAAAGUAGUACUGUGGAUCAAAAGGAGACUCCAUUGCAGGGCUAUAACCCAGCAGUCGUUAGUGGCCCACAGAUUGAAGGAACCGGACAGGCUCGACACGUAGGGCCGGUUCCUCCAGGAGGGCCGAAGUGGGUAUCCAGGUGGGCCAGUCUGGCAGACAGCUACGGCAACUCUGGACCCACCAGCGGCUUGCAUGAUCUGCAGCAGCAUGGGGAUGUUACAGACGGAGGUAGGAGAAUCGGUCACCCGCCCAUAAUGAGUAGGACUGCAGAACAUACAGAAUCAGACAGUACCCAGUCUGCAAGAACAAGAAGACUCCUUCCUCAAGUUCCACCAGCAGAAAAGUCUGAAAGCCCCACACCCAGUAUUGUAAUCCGGCCGGACCCUUAUCCCAGCUACGGGGUUCCUGAAAGAGGGAGUGGAACACCGCGGCAGCAGGAAUCAGCUCAGAGGCUGUGCGUUCAGGAUGACCUGGAUCCCGACAGCCUGAGCGAUGCAAGCAAGUCAGAUGAUGGUUCUGCAGUGCAGAAGAAUAAGAAACACAGAACUGGGAGAGGCAUUGACAAAACUAAACCAGAAAAGCUGUGGACUGAUAACACCAAUGUUCAGAGACUAGAAGAAAAACCUGCGGUGACAGGAACGAGAGCUACCUCUUUCUACAUCGGAUCUAAAGAGACGCCUUCAAAGCAGACCUCUGGGCAUGGCCACACUGUGUCUCGAGCAGACAGUGAGCCCGAAAUCUCAUCCAAGCCUGCCAGUUCAACCGUUUUGGGGAAACAUUUGGCCAAACUGGAUGCCAAAGAAACAGGGAAACAGUCUGUCUUGGUCCAAAAGAUCUGUUUGCAAGAGAAAGAAGCUGUGACUCCAAAAGAAUCUUCUACUUCUUUUGUCAGACAGGAAAGCUUCACCAAAGACAGACCUAGUGAUGAUGUUCCAAUAAACAAGCUCCCGCACAUUUCUAGCCAUCCAGCUCUGAAAGAUCUUGAUGUUAGGCACGCCUACGGUACAGAUUGCAGCCAGGACACACAGCUGUUUCUCAAGGACACUGAAAAUGCAUUGGCGGCUUUGGAGGCAAAGUUCCAUUCUCAUGGGCCCCACAGAUGCCAGAAAUCUGAAACCUCCAUAACCCAGAUGGAAGACUCUUUGUCUGGUGAAUCUGAUGUUGACACAGCCAGUACGGUCAGCCAUGUCAGCAGCAAAAAAAACACUGUCAGCGCCGUGCCGCAAAAGAGGUAUAUCAAUAGUCUCCAAAAAGAGAAGUCCUCUUCAACGCCUUCCAUCCAGGAUCAGUAUGGCCCAACCAGCGCUCGCGAGAGGCUCUCAGAAAAGCGCAGAACGCAAAUGUCGGAGGGAGGGACCAAAGCGGACUCAACCAAGCGGUUCCAGCUGAGGCGUAGCACUGGGAACCGGGGCUCCUUGGACUUUACGGAAGAUGUCCGGAGCACCAGCCUCCCAUACUGGCCAGAUUCCUUCUCUUCAGACCACGAAUCAAGUUCCCGUCCAACAAUGCGGAAGAAGCUCAUCGCCCAGCCCCAGAAGGAAGACCCUAGCAAAGUCCCCAAGUCCGUGGUCUACCAGGCCCUCACCCGUUCAAACAGCUUGUCAGCACCUAGGCCUACCAGGGCAUCCAUGCUGCGCAGGGCCCGUCUGGGAGAGGCUUCUGAUAACGAGAGUACCGAGACCGACCGUGUGUCUCUGAACUCAGACGCCUCUGGUCCUUCCAAACCUCCGACAGACAGCAAGAAGCUCUCUCGUCUGGACCUCUUGGCCAUGCCAAGGAAGCGAACGGGCUCCUUCACAAUGCCCAGUGACACAGAGACCUCCACGUCCAGGUCUGGCUUCUCUAAUCGUAGUAUGGAAUUCAGCAGUUCAAUUCGCAAGUCAGUUGCAGCGGAGGCCAAGCCCACAGCCAAGAGGACUCCAGGGGCAGGGGUAAAGCAGCCUGUCUCCAGGGGCCGGUCGAGCAGUGCCAGGUAUUCCAGUGCUACAUCCAGCUCCAGACGGCGCCAGAAGGGCUCCGAUUAUAUCUCUACGUCAGAUGAGGAGUAUGAGUCCAGUCAUACUUCCCCUAAACACAAACGCUCCCAUGCUUCAACAGCCACGCAGACCUCCAGAGCCCAGGCUGCUGAGAGGCGCAAAGUGCAGUCCAGAGAGACUGAGGAAGAGGAGGAGGAUGAAGAGGCUGACCCCUAUCAACACUGGUCAUCGCACAGCGCAGAGAUAGCGAAGCUGAGUCAGGACCUGGCUAAAGACCUGGCGAUCCUGGCCCGGGAGAUCCACGAUGUGGCUGGAGACGGAGACUCCCAGAGCUCUUCUGGCACUGGGCCCAGUACCUCCCUCAGCUCUGUACCCAACACCCCUGCAUCAACCAUGUCAGCCAGGGAAGAGAAUGCAUUGCCAUCACCACAAGCAACCCUUUCAUCACAGCUGGUCCAGCACAUUCCCGAAGCCAGCUUAAACUUUCAGAAAGUCCCACCAGGUUCAACAGGGCUCAAGAAGGAACUCGACCAAAACAUGAAUGACCGUGACUUGAAACGUCGCUCUUGGAGCAGAGAAGAGGUCAUUCUGGACAACCUGAUGCUAAACCCUGUGUCGCAGCUCUCCCAAGCCAUUCGAGAAAACACAGAGCAACUGGCAGAGAAGAUGAAGAUUCUGUUUCAGAACAGAACAGGAAACUGGCAGGAUAUUGAAGCAAAAAUGUAUUCUGAAAACGAAGUGCCGAUUUUGAAGACGUCAAACAAGGAGAUCAUGUCGAUUCUGAAAGAGCUGAGAAGAGUUCAGAAGCAGUUAGAAGUAAUCAACACUAUCAUCGACCCCAGCGGAAACCCUGACCUGGGAUCCAGAGCCUUCUCGAUUGGGGCUCCCCCAGCCAGCGCGAGAGGCAGGACUGGCCCCAGUGGGAGUUCUCCUCGGGACUCCAAGUCUCCUGCACAGCGAGGGAGCUGCCAGUCCUCAAACGCCAACACCAGGGGAAAGAGGGAGGCAUGCGCUGAAGAGGAGAGCUACAUAGUCUGAGCGUGUGCGUGUCUACACAGUUGCUUCUCACGUGAUUUGGUGUGUGACGUCUGUGUUGUGUAUGAAUGGAUGUGGAUCAAAACUUGAUAGAAUAUCGCUGUAAAUUGCUGACACUGCACAAAAAAAUAGCUUGCUUUUAUGAGUGGAUUGUAAAACAAUGUAUGGCUUUUUGUUUUUGUUUUUAAAAGGCAGAUUAUCACUGUGGGGCAGCACAUAGUCAGCAUAGAGGCUAGUUUGGAGCACAGUAGCUUGACAAAUCCUGUGGAAGACAGGUAUUGUAGUGCCAUAUCAAUGUUAUUUUUCAUUCUUUAUUAAAGAACAAGAAAUUAAAAAAACGGAAAGCAUGCGAUCCAGAGUGACCCACUACAUUACUGUGUUGUGUGACCACUUCUAACUGUUACAAUAACCAGAAGGACCAAGUUUUGCUCUGCGUGUCACAACUGCUGCUCUCAACCUGAAGCAGUGCAACAGGCAGAUUUCUGUUUAAUGAACGUCUUCAACUAACUGUCUGUUAGCAUGUAGCACAGUGCCAUCUGCUGUAUGGAACUUGAAUCUGUUAACGAAGGAGCUUUUUAAAUUGUUGCCAAUGGCCAGCUGUAUCUUCUAUCAAUUACAGCAGUGGUUUUCUGUUAUCUUAAUCCACUUGAUGGCUUACUUUAUUCACAAGCAGUCUGUCUCUUGUAUAAAAUACAUUGAACAUAAUGGUAUAGUUUUAUUUAGCACACAAAUAGAAACCGCAAAAAAAAUAGGGAAACACUUUUACUGACAAUAACCACUUUCAAACAGUCCCGAAUUGAUUCCUCUUUCGUUUCUUUGAGUCUCUGAGGGUUGACACAAAUGUAUUGAACAAAAUUUGGUUAGUCCCACAUAGACAUACUGGUUAGCUUUAAAAAAACAUGGUUAAUAAAUAAAAAGUAUACCGUUUGCAAAGACAGCACUGUUCAAUGUUCUUCAUGUCUUAAACAGGGCAUAUGAAGUAAUUUGAUAUGGAACACUUUUCCAGAAUCUCUGUGGCUUGGGGAUGGAAAGAGUUGAACAGUGACAGAAAUGUUUAUAAAAUAAAAAUGAUGGAAAGAUGACUAUGACAGGGUUUAAGGAGACAGUAUUUAGACAUGACACUGCUUAGAUUAUUAAAGUAGACCCCAUAAUAACAGACUCCCUUCACAGUAUUUUGGCUAAUAAUAGUAAAGGCUUAAACACUGGCAAUACAUCCUAUUAGAGAACAUCCAUCCUGCAGCUAACAUCUACUUGACAUUGCAUACAAGCUACUCAUUGGACAUUCCUUCCAUAUGGUUCCAGCGUAUUGUAGUUUUAGUUAAGGUGCUACGGUUCGGUGGACGUAGUUUGUGUUAAUUUCGUGACACUUUUUUUUUUUUUUUUAGCAGCACUUAUUUGGUUUAAACUGAAGGUAUUCUGUUACUGUCUUGUAAUAUUGAAGAAUGUCAUUUUGAUGAAUGUCUUUUAAAAACCGAAGGGCACUGUUUUCUAUCUUGUUACUCAAAUACAGCGGAGUUUCCCCUUCUCAAAUGUGUCACCCAUAAGAGCAUGAAGCCAAAGAGCAAACAUGAUGCUACCAGCCAUUUUCUGCCUUAAACCGAGCAGUAUUCUUGGUUGUUGAGAACAUAUUUAAUUUAUGUUGCACUUAAUUGUUGGCUGUUUCCUUUUCCUCCCUCUCCACUGGAUUAUUCUUUUUACCCCAUUGCAGUAUGUCAUGUAAUCCAUUUUCAAAAAUAGAAAUAGAAGGGAUUCCCUUUCUCAAAGACUAAGUUCUGGGUUUUGUUGCACCAAUAUUGAGUUUGCAAUUUUGUCAAAAUCUACUUUUUAACUAAUUUGAGCCUAAAUGCUGGGACUCUGCAUCCUUCCUCAUUCUAUUCAUGUGGCAAAGAGACCUUUCAACUCUGCCAGCUCCGUCUACUUAAAUAUAGAUCGAGAGAGUAGGUGGGGUUGGCAGAGCUGAAAGGUCACAUGAGUGAGGUAAAGGCAGAUUAUGAGAAAUUAUAACUUGAUACUGCAGCAACACAACCAGAUCCACUCAGAAUGACUAUCACCAUAAAAUAAAAAAUCUAAAAAAGCAAUUCAAAUGAAAUUGAAGCUAUUAGCUCUAUUCAUCUUUUACACGAUGCCCUUAGCGACAGUGCAUAAUUCAAAGUGGGAGGAAGCUAGUAUGACUGGAGCUGAAACUACUUAAACGAAUGUUAAACUGCAAAGCAAACCAGGCCUGAGGCGUGCAUAAAUAUCCUUCUUUAUAAUAAUGUAGAAAACAUUAAUUCUACUAAUAAUUGUAUAAUAAAACUGAUCAUGAUUGCAGUUUCUAACAGGUCUGUAACUGUCAUGGUUCACGAAUUAAGAAUUUUAACAAUAUGGGUGUUUAAAGUGGAGUCCCCAUCCAUUGUAUGUCCUGUUGUGCGAUUCCUUUGUUUAUCAGGUGUAUGGAAUGUAAAUGUGUAGGAGUAUGUUACAUAUUAAGUAUUUUGAUUACUCUUCUGUUUAUCUGCACUACAUUAUUGGAAAGCCACUGGAUGCCUCAGCUAUCCAUGUGUUGAACUGCACAAUGGUUUUUCCUUUUAACUGAAUUGAAAAAAAAAAAAAAAAAAGAUUGUAUAUCGUGAAUGCUCUAGUCUUAGAUCACCAAAUGUGCACUUCCAUGUGGCAGACACCCUGCUGUGUAACCAUAACCAACAACUGUUCAAUAUCACAUGGACCUCGGUUAGAAACGGAGCAUUGGUUUGUACUUUGUAGCUGAAGUAGAAGUGAAUUUCCACAAUGUAAUUUGUAACUCAGUACUUGCAGCAUAGUAUGUGUAUAUAUUGAUUGUGUUUAAGGGUGCACUGGAUUUUUUUUUUUUCCAUUUUAAACAUUAGAGAAUGUAUACGGUGUCUAUUCUGCUGCCCUGUGCUGAACUGUGUCCACCUGAACAAUCUAUUGCUCUGAUGUGGCUGCUGCUACUACCAAUGUGAGAUGUCUUCACUUGUUCCUGGAUUAAAUCUAAAUGAUGGCGGCGCCAUAGCCAUUAUAAAAGAAUAGCUAUGGCACCUCCAUUAACUUUGAUUUCAUUCAAGCGUGGGUCAUUGUUUUAGUUUUUUCCUGCAUGUAACAUACAUUUAAACUGUAUACAAAAAAAAAAGCAACUGGACACUAUCACUUGAAGUCUGUAGAAAAAACAAAAAACCAAAACAGCUGGUUACCAUGACUAACUGCAUAUCCAUCCGUUUUUUCCUCACUUAUGUUUUCUUCCAUGAACAAUCUAAUUUAUAUGUAUUCCUAAGUUCUUUCUGUUUUUUUUGUUAAGUUUUAUUUUUGUUGUACUUUUUGGAAAAAAAAAAAGUUUAAUCUGUUAACAGAGAGGUUAUACAUAUCAUUGUAUGCAUUAUUUGAGUAUGGAUUUAAUUUUAUUAUGACAAACUGAUUUUAAUAAAUUGUUCUCAAUCACUGGC